UGAUAUGGUCAUGUACUUUACAUCCGAGGAGGGGUAUGUUUGUUUGGUAACCAGGGCUGAAGAACACAGAACACACAGCCUUACUAGCUCUACUAGGUCUUCCCAGUUCUACACAGUCCAGAUAAUCAGCUUUCCCAGUCAACGACACCAGCCUUAACCUCCAGCUAUGGGUGUCUACAAUCUCAUCCGUCUACUGCUCCCAACACCUUUUUUACAGCUUCACAUUUUGACCGGAGCGUGUGUUUCCAUAGCGACUGGGUUCAUAGGUCUCCCUGCCUCUGUGUCUGUAUCGGAGAGCACCCGUCCCAGGAGUGUGGUGGUGGAGUUUCAGGUGCAGAGCUCCAGUCUUCUCCCCACAGUCAACAUCCUCUCUGUCAACCCAGAGUUAGCAGUGUUUGAGACGCCCAUCGUCAACCCUACUAACGUCUCUGGUAUCUUCAAUGUCCAGAUAGUGUUGAGCGGUUCUCUGGACUAUGAGAAGGCCAGCAUGGUGAGUGUUCGUCUGGGCCUGGUCACCUCAUCAGGCCGUGCAGAGCAGACCUUCCAUAUCAGAGUGGUGGAUGAGAACAAUACACCCCAGUGUGAACCUCUGCUCCAGCUGCCUGGAGUUGAGGUUCAUGUCCCAGAGAACCUUCCUGUUCCUGUGACUCUCUACACUGUCCUGGCCUCCGACGCAGACCGCAAUGACACACUCUCUUUCUCUAUCAGUCAGGUCUUGCCCAACUCCUCCAAAGGACAGUUCCACAUCAGUGGAGGCGGCAGCAUCCUCUCAAGCCAACCAUUUGAUUACCACACAGGACCAAGGGAGUUGAUACUGUCUGUGGUUGUGAGAGACAAACAAGGGGCUAACUGUACUGGGACAGUCAGGAUCAAGGUGCUGAAAGUCUACAACCCUCCUCUGGAUCUGCUUCUUGUUUCCCAGAAUGUGUCCAUCUUUGAGAACCAAGGACCCGAGGAUAUUGUAGCUACUGUUAGAGCUAACCUCACCAUCCCUGAUGUACUCUACACUUUUGUGAAAGAUUAUCCCCAUUUCAAGAUUGGUAGAGAGGACGGUGUCAUCAGAACAGCCUAUAACCUGGACCUGGAGGCGGAGCGGGCCCUGGCCCACAGUGUUCUAUUGGUCAGAGCCUACAGCGUGGCAGUGGAAUGCUCCGCUACCGCCACUGUCACGGUCAACGUUUUGGAUGUCAAUGAGUUCCCACCCUUCUGCUCCCCCUCAGUGUUUGUGCUGGAGGUGUCAGAGACCAUUGAGGUGGGCAGCAGCCUGGGCUCAUUGACCUGUGUUGACAUUGACGUCAGUAACCAGAGUGUGUCUCUCACACUCGUCGAUAACAGAUCAUCACUGUUCAAAUUCCGCCUCAAAGACGGACAGCUCCAGGUUAACAACACUCUGAACUAUGACUCUGCUGAGAUGGCCACCAAUAACUUCCAGUAUGAGGCCACCAUCUUGGCUACGGACACAGGCACCCCUCCUCUCACAUCCCAGGUGCGUGUGCUGGUCAGUGUGACCCCAGUCAAUGAACAUGAUCCAGUGUUUCAGACGUUGUUCUUCAGUGUCCCAGAGGGCACCAGGCCUGGUACGGCAGUGGGGACGGUGGUGGCCAGAGACACAGACUGGCCCUUUGACAACAUCCGCUACUCAAUCACUACAGGAGACGACACCAUGUUCACUAUUGAUCCAGAGGGAGGGGAUCUGUAUCUGGGCGGAGAGCUGGACUUUGAGGAGCAGCAGGUGUAUGUAGUGGGGGUUCAGGCUGAGGAUUAUGAGCAGGAUAUGGACCGUACCAACCGCAAGAGAAGAACAGUGGACAUCACUGUACAAGUGGAGAAUGUGAAUGAUAAUGCUCCAGUGUGUGACCCAAUCUCCUAUGAGUCCACCAUCUUCUCCACCUUGUCUAAUAAACUCCCCAUCCUCUCACUCAGCUGCGCUGAUGCAGACAGCGACAGACUAACAGCUACCAUCACUAACGGUGCUGCAGUGGACCGGUUUCUGAUGACCGGGUUGAGUCUCGUCUCCAAAAACAUGUUCUCCUACGUGGUGGAUGGGGUUUAUGACCGCACCAUGUUUGAAGUCACCAUCUCUGUGUCGGAUGGCAGGCAUCACACUGAGGCUGUGGCCUACAUCUACGUAGUUCCCUGGACCACUACUGUUCCUACUACUACUACUACUACUACUACUACAGCUAAACCUCCACAGGUGGUCACAGUGAUGUCAGACUACUGGGAUCCAGAGCCUUGGUUUGUUGCUGUGGUGACGGUUACCGGCGUCCUGCUCCUGCUGGUCACAAGUCUGCUCAUCUGGGCCAUUCUGAGCCGCGUCUAUGGUUGGGGACCAAAAGAUGAGCCUGAACCUCCAUCAAAUAAGACGGAAGAGAUCGGCAAAAUGAACACAGAAGUGAGUCAAAAUGGGGCCAGUGAAAAUGAUCAGGCCUCACUAGAUGGCAGCCUCAGUCUAACUAAAGCCAGCAUACAAGACGACCUGAUGAGGUUUGAUGGGAAGGCACAAGAUCCAGUUUCAGGGCGCAGUUACCUGUUCAACUCUUCCACUGGUGAACGGCGUUGGUUGUAGGGGACGUCCAGUCUUAAAUCAGUGCAGGUUGUUGAUGGUAUGUGCUGUUUAUACCAUCUGGAGCUGAAGAGGAUUCAUAUGAUGUGGAUUCAUAUGAUGUGGAUUCAUAGUAUGUGCACAAUCAGGCAUUUUAGCAUAAUUGUGAUUUCAAUUACAGGUCGAUUUGAAGUUUGUAAGAGUGAUAUUUUAAAAGGUACUAUUUAAUACAUAAUCAUGCUGACCUGCUGUGGAGGCUACUCCUUAAUUACUAUUCCUGUGUGUGUACUCAUGUAGUUCAGCAUCAACAAUAGUAUACCUUAUAUAUACACAGAAGUAUGUGGACACCCCUUCAAAUGAGUAGAUGUGGCUAUUUCAGCCACACCCAUUGCUGAUUGGUGUAUAAAAUCUAAGCCAUGCAAUGUCUAUGGACAAAGAUUGGCAGUAGCAUGGCCUUACUGAAGAGCUAAGUGACUUUUAAUGUGGCACUGUCAUAGGAUGCCACCUUUCCAACAAGUCAGUUCAUCAAAUGUUUCCCCUGCUAGAGCUACUGUAAGUGCUGUUAUUGUAAAGUGGAAAUGUCUAGGAGCAACAACGGCUCAGCCUCAAAGUGGUAGACCACACAAGCUCAAAGAACAGGACCGCUGAAUGCUGAAGCACGUAUAAAUAGUCAAUCCUCGGUUGCAACAUUCAUUACUGAGUUCCAAACGGCCUCUGGAAGCAACAUCAGCACAAUAACUGUUUGUCGGGAGCUUCAUGAAAUGAGUUUCCAUGGCCGAGCAGUCACACAAAAGUCUAAAAUGACCAUGCAUAAUGCCAAGCAUCGGCUGGAGUGGUGUAAAGCUCACCACAUUUAGACUCUUGAGCAGUGGAAACACGUUCUCUGGAGUGACGAUUCACUCUUCACCAUCUGGCAGUCCGACGGACACAUCUGGGUUUGGCGGAUGCCAGGAGAACUCUACCUGCUCCAAUGCAUAGUGCCAACUGUAAAGAUUGGUGGAAGAGGAAUAAUGAUCUGGGGCUGUUUUUCAUGGUUCGGGCUAGGCCCAUUAAUUAAAGUGAAGAGAAAUCUUUGCUACAGCAUACAAUCAUAUUCUAGAAGAUUCUGUGCUUCCAAAUUUGUGGCAACAGUUUGUUUCAGCAUGACAAUGUCCCCAUGCACAAAGCAAGGUCCAUACAGAAAUAAUUUGUUGAGAUCAGUGUGGAAGAACUUCACUGGCCAGCACAGAGCCCUAACCUCAACCCCAUCAAACACCUGAAUAGGAACGCCGACUGUGAGUCAGGCCUAAUCGCCCAACAUCAGUGCCGAACCUCACUAAUGGCUCGUGGCUGAAUGAAAGCAAGUCCCCACAGCAAUGUUCCAACAUGUAGUGGAAAGCCUUCCCAGAAGAGUGGAGGCUGUUAUAGCACCAAAGGGGGACCAACUCCAUGUUAAUGCCCAUGAUUUAUAAAUGAGAUUAUCUUUUGGUCAUGCAGUGUACGUUGUUUUGUCUAACGUGUGGAAUAACAGUUUGUUUUGGUUUUAUUACACCAACAGCUCUAACCUGAUUUGAAUGAAAUGAUCUGUUGUGUUCUAUGAAAAACCUGUCCAUUAGUAUGUGAAAAUGACCUAAAUGUGUAGGAAAACACAAAAGCAAGUAAAUCAGGUGAUCUUUAUUUUUAUUUAAAUUAAAUCAUUAUAUAAGACUUUCAAAGCAUUUUAAUAUUGACCAAAAAACUAACCUUUUCCCAAUUAGAUUUUGUCUUUCCUCAAUCACUAUUUAUCGUUAAGAUGGUGUGAGAAAAAUGGAAGAAAAAUGUAGGCAUACAGUCGGUCAAACAGUACUGAUAAAAGCAUAUCUAUGAAUCGGCUGUAAACUUAAGUGAAGGCACAAACAUACUGCAAAAGACAUGGAAUUGGUAUUAUAAAAAAAUAAUGUUAGGUACAUACAUACUUUAAAAUCAGUUAGAAUUUUUGCCAUUCCUUCCCCUGGUUGUGAAGGUUUUUUUGUUUUACUUUUUAAUAUUUUUAUUUAGAUUUUGUAAAAGGAAUGUUAAGAUAUUCUGUGCAGAUUACAGAGCGAAUAUAUUUGCCAUCUCGAGUCAUGCAGGAAAAAUAUGCGGUUUGGCUAUGAAUGAGGAACAUAUGUAAACAUGAUAAAAAAGAACUUCCUUUUUCCAUUCAUAAUCUCUAUCCAUGCACGUUCUUCUUUUACAAAAUAAGCUUUAUGCGAUUAAAAGUUUAAUAGAAUUUGCACUGCACAUCAGAUUUUCUAAAGUAAAAUGAACGCAUUUAUAUAAAAACCUUUUCCAAUGCCUC